ACGGGCUCGCAUCAUCGCAGGCAGAGACAGAGGCAGCAGCAGCAGAGGCGGCAGCAGAAGCAGAGGAGACUCAGCUGACGCGGCGGUGCUGGAAGAGGAGGAAGAGGAGGAGGAGGAGAACACAAAAAGAGGUUGCUGCAGCCAUGGAGCAGAUACUCUGUUGUAGCUGCUGUUUAUCUAUCAUCAUGGUGAGAGAGAGCGAGAGAGAGAGAGAGAGCUCCUGGACCUUGACUCUGUUGCCAUGGUGACCCUGUAGCGAGAAUGCUGGCGAUCACAUAAAAAGAUCCAGGUAACUAUUUCAAUCUGCUGCCAUGGCGAUGCUGUAAGGACGCCCUGUAUAGUCGUUAGCCUGUUGCUAUGGUGAUCCUGUAACAAAGCAGCAGCAGUCGCCAUGGGAACGUCCAGGAUGUUCCGUGUUUUUGUCAUCCUGGGCUCAGCCUUCAUGAUCCUCCUCAUCAUCAUCUACUGGGACGACGUGGGAGCCUCUCACCUGUACUUGCACACUCCCGUGUCGCCGGGUCCCAAAAUCCCACAUCCCCCCCCGGAGCAGCGGACCCAAACCUCCAGAACCCCGUCCUUCCUUUCCGACAUCGACGCCUUUGUUAACCAGUUCUUAGAACCGGGAACUGGUGAGCCCACAGACCCCGCCCCCCUAGACACGGGCAACCAAUCAGACAAAGCAGAAGAGCCAUAUGUUCCACGAAGGGAGUGGAAGAUUCACCUGACGCCAGUGGCAGCAGAGCUCCGUCAGAGACAGGAGCAGCGGCGGCGGUUACUGCAGGAGAUGUGUUCCAAUGACAGCGUCGUGUUUCCUGGCAAAAACCGCUCGUUUGAUGACAUUCCCAACAAAGAGCUCGAUCACCUCAUCGUGGACGACAGGCAUGGCAUCAUCUACUGCUACGUCCCUAAGGUGGCGUGCAGUAACUGGAAGCGGAUCAUGAUUGUCCUCAGUGAGAGCCUGCUGCAGGACGGUGUUCCACAGAGAGACCCGCUGGCCAUCCCCAGAGACCUGGUCCACAACAGCAGCAUGCACUUCACCUUCAACAAGUUCUGGAAACGCUACGGGAAGUUUGCGAAGCACCUCAUGAAGGUCAAACUGAAGAAGUACACCAAGUUUAUUUUUGUGCGGGAUCCCUUUGUGCGUCUCAUCUCUGCCUACCGGAAUAAAUUUGAGCUCCGCAAUGAGGACUUCUACCGGCGCUUUGCAAAGGUCAUGCUGCGUCACUAUGCCAACCAGCCGACGCCUCCCGCCUCUGUGGACGAGGCGUUCGCCGUGGGUGUCCAUCCCUCCUUCUCCCACUUCGUCCAGUACCUGCUGGACCCUCAGACAGAGAAAGAGGCGCCGUUUAACGAGCACUGGCGGCAGGUCUAUCGGCUGUGCCAUCCGUGCCAGAUUCAGUAUGACUUCGUGGGCCACUUGGAGACGGCGGAAGAUGAUGCCGAGCAUCUACUCCGCCUGCUGCGGGUGGACAACGUGGUGGAUUUUCCCACCACGCACAGGAACCUCACAGCCAGCAGCUGGGAGGCUGAUUGGUUCAAUGCAGUCCCUGUGGAGACAAGGAGAGAACUUUACAAGCUGUACGAACCUGACUUCAGGCUAUUUGGCUAUGACAGACCAGACUCCAUUCUCAAUGAGUGACUCAAGUUUCUACAAAACUGACCCUUACCUGCACAGACACGUUGUUUUUUAAAAAAAAUAACGAAGUCACGCUCGCUCCUACAACCCUUCGUCUGUUCUACAUGGAAUGUGCACAUCAUUGAGGACACCCACGCCUCUUAGGGAAGCACACUAAUAACGCGAAGCCAGGUAACAGCCAUGAACCAUCGCUGAUUUCUUUAUCUUUAUUAAAUUUACAAAGACGAUUAGAAGCACAAGUCAGAGUGAGAACAGUGACAUUUGGGUUGUGCAGACAGUGGGUGUCCCUCAUGUGUCCUCAAAGGGAUUGUUCAGGUUUCGUGGUGCGGUUGUAUGAGCAUUGUUAGCACUGACGUUUGCCAUGAACCAGCCUGUGACAUGGACACUAGAACCUGAAUUUAGCCACUUAAAGUUAGGGUUGGAGAGCCUGGGAAAAACAGGCUACAUUUUGAAUUCAAAGGUCCAAGCCCCCUUUCUGCAGACUACGCCUCCAGAGCAGUACUCUUUGGUGACGAAAAACAACAAAUACUCUCAAAAGAUCACAAAGACAUUAAGUGAACCUACCUGUCCAGUAGAAACAGGGCCUCCGUGUCAUCACUUCAGGGCUUUCAAACGCAGCACCGACGUUCACUCUGGUCUUGGAUCGCUCUGCAUCAGCCUUUUUCUUGGCAGUAGCUUUCCCAAAUAAACAUUUGUUUGCAACCAGCACCUGUUGUUGGCAACUUUUCUGCCACAACGUUUCUGCAACUGUCUCGUUGAGCGUUCAGCAAGCUAGCAUAAGCUCUGGCGUUGUCUUCUGAGCACGAUUAAUGCACGAAGAGGGGAAUGCGCAUGAAAACCCAAAACAUAAUCUCCCAUCCUACCUUUAUCUACGAUAUCUUAAAAAUAUUUUCUAUGCUUUUCGUACUUGAAACUAGUUUGUAAGCGACACCAAAGUCCAUAGAGAAGAAUCAUAAUUUUUCAGUUUGUGAAGUUUCUAUCACUUUAUACAACAAUCGUUUCACAUUUCAAAGUCACAAAAUUAAUACAUUAGGACUUCAUCAGAAAAGCAGGACAAAGUAAAGCAGGAGUCGAUUACUUUGACACAUGUUCUAAAGAUAUCACUUAAGCAGUUAUGGAUUUGAUUCGAGGACCCGUCUAAUUUAUUAGGUCAUGAGCCUUUAGUUAAGUCAAAUCUGUGAGGUGUCUUUUUCGUGUCCAUGCGUCAGGCUGGGUGAUGGUGUUUGCAGCAUGCUGCGGGCACACUCGGAGACGUCAGUGCUGACAGUUUGUCAAAGCCACGUAGAAUCAUACUGUUCUUUAAAAAAAAAUAAAAAAGGGACUAUAAAAACUUUAAAGCAACACCAUGUGAUUUUAGACAUGCUGUUGCUGUAGCAAACACACCACAGCAAGUUUUACACCUGAACCGGUUCUGACCAGGAUGAAGUUUUGCAGCGUUCACUCACUGAACCAUCAGCGCAAGGACAAAGGUUCAGUUACACAGUGGGAAUGAUCGAGGCUCCAUUCUCCACUAUUCUGCGUCACCGAGUUGGAAGCUGUUAUUUUACAGCGAACAAAACGUCGCAUAGUGUUGCUUUAACUCAAAGCUCGCUCUUGUGUUACUGAUGUCAUGUGUGACGCCGCCUCUUACUUCACACUCGUGAUGUCACAAAAAUAAAAAUAAAAACCUCACAAACGUUUGGGUUUGUGGCGUCGCCUCAGCUGGAGAUCACUGAAAAACAAGGUGUCACUAGAUCAGUUUAUCAUGUGUUAGCUCUCAGCUAAUUUAUUUUACACUGUGUAAGUGCAAUGUUUUAUUAUUUAUGCAUGAAGCGGAUGUUUUUGUGUGUGUGUGUUGAACUCCUACUCAAAUCAGAAAUGGGCAGAAAUGAUUUCUACACAUACAUAUACAUACAUAUAGGCUAUAUAUAUAUAUAUAUAUAUAUAUAUAUAUAUAACACAUAAAAUACAGCUCCACUACUGUCUUCAACCGUGGUGGAUUAGGUGACAGCAUGAAGAUGCGGGAGUUCAGAGGAAAGAUAUGCCGCGUCGCCUCGUCCUGUAGAAGCACAGCAGCUCCGGUGAGCUCUUCACUGAACAGCUGGAUUUGUCUCAGCUUGUCUUUGAGGAUUAAAACUGGAGUUUCGACAUUCUUUUUGAUUUCGGCUCAUCUGUAGGUCCACGAGCGAGCCCCCAGCGCGUACAGGGAACGUUCGCUCUCGUCACGUCCUGUUAUUGGAAGCAUUUGAUCGUCUCUGUGUUUCCGUGCACAAACUGAACUGUAGUGGGUGGAAAAGCUGGAGACCGCGGCAGUGUUUUAAUGAUAUGCUGAUUUAAUAGCGAGGAGAUGAACACAUUACACCAAGUGUUAUUCAGAAGGUGCAGUGCUACUAUGUGGCAUUAAUUAACGCCACAGGUUUUAAUUACAAGUACAACGUUGGUGUAAGAUGAGGCUUUACUUUUCAAGUAAAGGUUUGCCGAGGAUAAAAGUCACGACACGUGACUCAUGAGAAAAUAGUAGGAUGAAAAGAUAGUGCCUUUUGGUUGCAUAUGUUUUCAUAGGAGAAAAAAAACAACAGUAUUUUUGUAGAAGGACUUCAUUUUUACACAAGUCAGUGAGCACGUUAUGAAGCCACAGUGAUGAGCUGGACAUUGUUAUUGUUGGGUGGUUAUUGUUG